GUCCGUCUCCCUCUCGCCCCCCCUUUCCCUUCGCCUCGCCUCCCCUCCCCCGGAAGGAAAGGAACCACCAGUCCCGAAAACCCUAAAACCGCCGGAGACCCCCCCUUCGCUCGAAUCCCCGACCGCAAUCCGCACGAAAUGCCGCCGGUGACGCCGGGGCAAGCGACCCUCAUCCUGGACCACGUCCUGGGCGACCCCUCGCUCCCCGCCGCUGUCGCCAAAGCGCUCCUCGCCGCUCUCCCCCAUCCCUCCGACCCGACCCCGCGCCUCUGCCGCGCGGUCGUCCUCCGCGCCCUCGCCGCAGACCCCGUCUCCGAAACCUCUCUCCAAAACCUCCACUUCCUGGCCUCGCUAACCGCCUCCCCCUCCGCCGCCGCCUCCCGCAUCGCCACCGCCCACAUAGCCGUCGCGGCAUUCCUCGCGGCCUCCGCACCCGACUUCGAUGCCGCUGCCAUGAAGCUCUUCGAGCGCCCCAGCGGCCGCGUGCGCCGCGCGGUCGACGAGGGAGGUCCGCUCGCCUCCGAUGUUGCCAUGGCCACAGUGGACCAGUUCGAGGCCGCCGUCGGCAACUCCUCCUCUCAGACCAUCCUCAGGGGCCUGUGGGGCAACCGGGCCGCCGCGGAGGACCGGGUCAGGGACCUCGUCGCCGCCGAAUGGGCCGCGAUUGGGCCGUCGAAGCUCGUGACGGCGGCUGAGCGGAUCGUCGGGGAUGGGGCCCUCGAGACAUGGCGUGCCGCGGAUGAGGUCACCCGUGCCAAGUUACGCAUCUUGGCUGGGGAAGAAAAAACCCGCGAGAUUCUUGCCAAACUCGAAGAAACAACCUCCAGCGCAAAUCCAAUCUCAACACCAGCUUUUGAGAAGAUGAUCGACGCGCUCAAAACAAGCUGUGCUGACCUCCACAGUGUUGUGGAGGAUCCACUUCCAGCUGCCAAGGCAGUUGCAGAUGAGGUAUUGGCUGCAAGGAUGGAUAAAGGAGUUAGCUUGAAUGCUGAAGAAUUAGGAGGUCAGCCAACAGCUUGUGGUGCUGCAGGCCCGAGUACUCUUAAUGAUAAAGACCAUGGUCCAAGUAGAGGCAAACGUCAGAACCUUAUGGAUCGGAACCCAACAGCACGGACCUCUCAGUGGGACGAUUCACCUGAUCUUGAGGGGUCAGAAUCAUCAUCACCCAGACUGCAAUUGCCUAGCCCAAGGAGAAUACCACCUUCUCCUUUGCCACCGCCAGAAAACAAAAGUAAUCGCAGAAGGGCAAGGAAGUGGAGCAUGUUUGAAGAAGAAACACUGAGAAAGGGUGUUGAACAGUAUGGUAUGGGUAACUGGAAGGGUAUUUUAGAUAACAAUCCUGAUGUUUUUAUGGGCAGAACACCGGUGGACUUGAAGGAUAAGUGGAGGAAUAUGAAACGGUUGGGCUACCAGCAGCCAAGAGCGUAAUGGAGAAACAUGUACGGCCCUGUUUGUUUUGCGCCCGAACCAUGGGAGUUGGAGGGGAUUUAGGAUGAUUUUGACUUGUAGGGGAUUUAAUCCCCCUUCCUUGUCCCUUCGGACAGGACUAACUUCACGCUCCAGAGCACCUUAUAAUGGUACUAGGGUGAAGUAGCUAGCAUGUUACCACUGUAGUCGUGAUGUAUUUAGUGACGCCCCUAAGUUAGCACAGUAGACUAUCGAACUCCAUUUUCGCUAAUCUCGGCUAAACUUUUGUGACGAACUGCUUAUCGAGUGGUUGGUUCGCCGGACUGCUUUAUGUUUUUAUGUACCUUGCUCUCAAGCCCUGCGCCCCUGCAAUCUUGCAUUGUACUAGUCUUUUUUUUUUUUUUGGAGACUACAUUGUACUAGUCUAACUCCAAUAUUAUGACCUCCUUUAGAACAAAGGAGGAUUGAUAAAGGACUUUUGUGGGCCUAUAGAAAUCUUUUCUAUGUGGCUCUUUGGAA